AUGUCCAGCUACCAAAAGAAGUUCCAGCAGGAGUCGGCUCAUCCGGACGCGCAACCCGAACCCGAGCAACGCAUCCGUCUCACCCUCCACUCCACUGACUUGAAGGCCAUCGAAAGAGUAUGCACUGACUUCGUGCGGGCAGCUCAGACCAAGAAAUUCAAGACUUGCGGCCCAGUCCGUCUCCCCGUCCGCAAGCUUCGCAUCACCACCCGCAAGACCCCUUGCGGCCAGGGUUCCAAGACCUGGGACAAAUUCGAACUUAGGAUGUAUAAGAGGAUCAUUGACAUCUUCGGCACCUCCGCCCAACUCAACUCCAUCUCCAACUUGGCUCCCGUGGAACACAACGUCGAUGUCGAAGUCGUGCUCUGCGAAUAA